AUGGGGUCCGGUUCCAGGGCUGCUUCAAGGAAGUCGACGGCGUCUUCGUCGUCGUGGAGGUCACUCCUCGACGGUUGCCUCGGCGGGACCAUGGCGGCUGGGGAGAACGUCCCAGCAAGCGGCGGGUUGGAGGCGAUGUUCCUCGGGGAGCUGCAGCUGCGGCAUCCCUGCUUGGUGAGGAUGAUCGGCUACUGCUGCGAGGAGGAGCACAGGCUCCUCGUCUACGAGCUCAUGGCCCAUGGCAGCUUGGACGACUACUUCUUCAAGCCUUUUUAUCGUCCCGUGCUGCCAUGGUCAACCAGACUAAGCAUCGUCUUAGCUACGGCGAAAGGGCUGGUGUCCCUCCACGGCACGGAGAAGCCAUUGAUCUGCGGCGAAUUCAAUGCCUCCGACAUCCUACUGGACUCGGUAGGAGACCAUUCUGCAUCUCUCGCCCUUGUUAAAUGUUAA